AUGUCUUUGAAAGAUAAAUCUGGUGUAUUAGUCGAGGAAGCCUCUGCCGGCUCCGAUAACGAAAGAAAAGACUAUUCUAAUGCUUCUUUGGCAAGCGUUGAAGAUGACCCGGAAAAAGAGGAUUUUUCCGAUAUUGACGAGAAGAAAUUGCUCAGGAAGCUUGACUUUCGUCUUAUCCCGCUUUUCACCGUCUUAUACUUACUUAGUUUCUUGGAUAGAGGCAACAUCGGUAAUGCUAAAAUCGAAGGUCUCCCCGAGGACUUGAACCUUGUGGGCAACCAGUUCAACAUGGCGUUAUUGAUUUUCUUUAUCUUUUACGCCGUGUUGGAAAUGCCUUCCAAUAUGAUUUUGCAUCGUACGAAGCCUCAUAUCUAUAUUCCCACCACCAUGGUUAUCUGGUCUAUUGUCAUGACCUUGAUGGGAACAGUGCAAAACUACGACCAGCUCUUGGCUACCAGAGCGCUUUUGGGUAUUUUUGAAGCUCCACUUUUCCCUGGUAUUUCGUACCUUUUAUCGAUGUACUACCUGAAAAAAGAGAUUCUUGUUAGACAAGCCGUUUUCUUCAGUGCAGCUACUUUGGCAGGUGCAUUUUCUGGUCUUUUGGCUGCCGCUAUCGCUCAAAUGGACGGUGUCGGAGGAUACGAAGGUUGGAGAUGGAUUUUUAUUAUCGAGGGUUUGCUUACUUUCGUGGUUGGUGUAUUCUCGUACACUUGUUUCCCAUCCUACCCUAAGGAUUGCAAGUUCCUUACUCCAAAAGAGAGGAGAUUUGUCAUUCACAAGGUCAAAUACUCAACUAACGCUGAGCCAAAGAAGACCGAUGGCGAAGAAAUGCCACAAGACAUUAACAGGGCUGAAGACGAUUCUCGUGACAGAAAAUACCUCUGGGCAGUUUUGAAGGACUGGCAAGUUUGGCUUCAGCUUUUGGCUUUGUAUGGUGUUAAUGUGCCACUUUAUGCUGUGUCUCUUUUCGGCCCUACUAUCAUUCAUAGUUUGGGUUACAGCACAACUGAAUCUCAGCUUUUGGGUGUCCCACCAUAUGUACUUGCUACCAGUAUGUGUGUCUUGCAGUCAUGGCUCUCAGCAAGAUGGGGUGUUAGAGCACCUUUCUUGAUCUUUAACAUCCUUUGUAUCUGUGUUGGAUUUGCUAUGUGUUUGGGUGCAGAUGCAGUUUCUACUCCAGGAGUUGUCUACGGCGGUAUGUAUGCCAUUUCUUCUGGAUGUGCAGCUUACCCUCUUGUGGUUAUUUGGCUUUCCAACAAUUUAUCCGGUUCUUACAAGAGAGCCUUGGGUAUGGGUUUACAGAUCGGACUUGGAAAUCUCAGUGGUGUUUUCGCUUCCAACUUCUACAGAACCCAAGAUGCUCCACAGUAUAAGCUUGGUCAUGGUUUGGGAUGUGGUUUUGCCGGAAUGGGACUUAUCGUUACCGUUAUUAUUGCUGUCAGUUACCUCGGUAUCAACAAGAAGAGAAAGCACGACAUUGCCCAAGGAAAAUACGAUGAUGUACCACCAGAGGACCUCAUUAAAAUGGGAGACAGAAAUCCUUACUUUCUUUAUCGGUUGUAG